CGUUGCCUAUUAAAAUAAUAAGAUUGAGUUUGUUAAGCUUGGACAUAAAAGUUUAUCUGACAACAAUGAUUGAUGGUGAAUUUGUAACGUUUGCAUUCAUCCUAUUUCUUACAUGCGAACACGUUACCGUUUCUAAGAACUUGUACCAGCCAAAGUCCUUCAAUGAAAACCUUACCAGCCGAAAUAGACGCCAGAUAUCCCAAUGCGAAACAUGGUCCAGCUGGGUUGAUAAUAAUCACCCUGUCAUUAAAGCGGAAAGUGAAGAAGAACGUUUUACCGAAAAGGACUUGGAAGCAUUUUGCCCCGCAAAUUUGGGUACUAUAACGGGGUUUCAGUGUAAAGAUGACAGAGGAGAGCCCAGGUCAAACAUCCUCAAUGAAACAUCCAAGGACGGACGCUACAGCUUCUCUUGUUAUGACUACACGAUCGGAGUCAAGUGUGUUGUUCAAAAACCGGAUGGAAAAUGUCCUGACUUUGCGAUAAAUUUAUUUUGCAACUGUACUGCUGGACCUCGAUCUCUAGCAACACCGGCAACUACUAGCACAACAACAACAACAACAACAACUUUGAAAACAAACCUGAUUUUAAAUCAAACAACAACACAUAAAGCAACACCCAUCACAAGAGCAACAACAGAAAGACCAACAACAAAAAUAACACCACCAAAAACAACGACGGGAUCAACAACAAUAACAACGACACCAAGAAAGGCAACCACUAGUACAGAAGCAACAUCCUUUUCUGCAUUUACCGCAAUCUCGUCCCUAGUGUCACUGUAUCGAAUACAUAGUUCUUCUUCAAGAGGGUCGACAUCCGAGACAUUAAAUCCACUGUGGACAACUUCGUUGGAUGGCGCAAAGUCCACAGUCAUCGCUCUGCUGACAUUUGUCCAAGGUACCAUAUCUCACAACUUGUAUCAGCCAAAGGCCUUCAAUGAAAACCGUUCCAUCCGAAAUAGACGCCAGAUGUCGAAAUGCGAAACAUGGUCCGACUGGGUUGAUAUAAAUCACCCGUUCAAUAUUGGGGACAGUGACGAAGAACAUUUUACCGAAUACGACUUGGAGUCAUUUUGCCCCGCAAAUCUGGGUUCUAUAACGGGGUUUCAGUGUAAAGAUGACAGAGGGGAGCCCAGGUCAAACAUCCUCAAUGAAACAUCCAAGGACGGACGCUACAGCUUCUCUUGUUAUGACUACACGAUCGGGGUCAAGUGUGUUGUUAAAAAAUUGGAUGGAAAAUGUCCUGACUUUGCGAUUAAUAUAUUUUGUAAUUGCACUGCUGGACCUCGGUCUCUAACAACAAAAGAAAUAACAAGAACAAGAACAACAAUAAGAACAACAACGAUAACAACAAAGAGAAUAUCAUUAAAAACACCCAAACUAACAACCACUGGUAAAAUAGCAACAACCCUUCCUACUUCUAUCGGAGUUUCGGCUUCAACGCCAUUGUAUCGAUUCCAAAGCUUUUCAAGAGGCUCGACAUCCGAGACAUUAGAUCCACCGCGGACAACAAUGACCACGGCCGUGGUCGGCUCAAAGUCCACAGGGAAUGAGCCUAAUAGAAACACCUUAGAUAUCGGCAGUUUGUCUAUAAAGUGGUGGCAGUUUUUGUUAAUACUGACUGUUAUCCUCUUUCUCGUUAGCUUGAUUACCUCUCUUUGUUUGUUCCGGAGAGCGACCGCGCUGCUGAGGGCAAGCAAAGGAGACUCAACAUUGCCUUCUGCGCAAGUCCAUCCUUUGAGUCUGAUUUAA